AUGUGUGUUUUGCAGCGCUGUGACAUUGGCGACGCCUCCAGAGGAAGUCUCUCCUCCUAUGCUUACAUCCUCAUGGUGCUGUAUUUCCUACAACAGAGACAACCACCAGUCAUCCCUGUGUUACAAGAGAUAUUCGUUGGGAACACUGUUCCUCAGAGGAUGGUGGAUGGCUGGAACGCUUUCUUCUUCGAUGAUCUUAAUGAGCUGCAGCGGCGUCUGCCAGAGCUCCAUCAGAAUAAGGAGACGGUCGGCGAGCUGUGGCUCGGCCUGCUGCGCUUCUACACAGAGGAGUUUGAUUUUAAAGAGUGCGUCAUCUCCAUCCGCCAGCGCAAACGCCUCACCACCUUUGAGAAACAGUGGACGUCCAAAUGCAUCGCAAUCGAAGAUCCCUUUGACUUGAAUCACAAUCUUGGGGCCGGUGUUUCUCGCAAAAUGACUAACUUCAUCAUGAAGGCCUUCAUCAACGGCAGGAAGCUGUUUGGCACCCCGUUUUACCCUCAGCUGGGAACAGAGGCCGAUUACUUCUUUGACUCGAAGGUGCUGACGGACGGAGAACUGGCUCCUAAUGACCGCUGCUGUCGGAUCUGCGGGAAGAUCGGCCACUAUAUGAAGGACUGCCCAAAGAGGCGCAGAAUGAAGAGAAAGGAGAACGAGCGUGAGGAGGAGGUCAGGGAGGAGGACAGGGAACCCAGAGAGAGACGCUGCUUUCAGUGUGGUGAUAUGGGUCACGUGAGGAGAGACUGUCCCGAUUACAAACACCUCCGUCAGAGAGCAGCGCCAGGACCAGUCCCUCACAUGGUCCGGGCCAUGGCGAGCUCUCAGUCCAUCCCCAUUCCUCAAGGUGCUUCAGUCCAGGAUCGGGCCGGACGGACCAGGCAGCCCUCUGAAUGUUCUGAUACGCGUCAGACUCCUCCGUACUCCCCUCAGCCGUCUCCCUACAGCCAGGCGUCCAUCUCUCCGCAGAACAGCAAGCCUUCCUCUGCAUCCUCUACCUCCAAACCCUCCCAACCGCAGCCGCAGAUUCCCCAGGUCCAGCUCCCCAUCUUCAGCUUCCCCCACUCCCACCCAGGCCAGUAUCACACCGGGCUCUCGGCGCUGGGCCUCCUGCCUGCCCACCCCCAGCAGCCGCCCCUCACCUCGGCCUCCUGGCCCAUCCACGGCCCUCUCAUCCAGGGCUCCGGGGUCUCCGGCCACCCGUCCUCUCCGGGCCUGAAGUUCGCCGUCAGGGACGGCAGAGGCGGGCCAGCGGUGAGCCCCGCCCCAAUGAACCUGAACGACCCCAGCAUCAUCUUCGCUCAGCCGUCGACGGGACGGGCGGCUGGUGGAGUGGGCGGCGGCCCCGCCAGAGAAAGGGGGCACCCCUGGCACAAUCACCAUCUCAAUCCGGGGCCACUGGUGGGGAACGGCACCGUAAACAAGACAGAUCCUAAUUUCCCAUCUCAGUUUGGCGGUGUGAGUCAGGGCUCUCGGUCCUGGGAUCACAGCAGUGCUGCUCCGUAUUCGCUGUCUCCAUCCUUCAUGCCCUACCGUCUGCCACCCUACCUGCAGCAGCCCAACAAACCCUUCAUCUCACAAGGUUCUGUGGUGACAAAUCAACAUUACCCGCUGAUUCAACACGGUCGGCACGGCAAUCUCAACUACAUUCAACAGAAGAAAUGAAGAAAGACACUUUGUAAACCAAUGCCCAAGGUCCUUAUAGAAAAAAAGAGACUAACUUUGCAUCAUUUGGGAACUUUUUAAAAUGAAUUUUA